AUGGCUCCUCGUUCGGACAAUUCGAUAUUAUGGCUUGUCCUAGGUCUAUCAUUAGGCUUUGUAGCCGCUCGCCGUAUCGUCCGCGAUCUAUAUGAAGUCCGCGAGUUGACAGAGAUUACUCGACCUGAUAAUGAUGAUAAUGCAAUCAGUAAGGGCACUGAAGAUGCUCUCAAGCUCGAAACGCUCCAAAAACUGACUGAGAGCCCGAGUUAUGAGCUCCGCGGAGCAUCUCUUCGAAUAAUUUCAGAGCGCGCCACGAAGGAGCCUUCCUGGGACAUAUUACUAGAAGACUUGACAAGUAAAAACAAACAGCAACGGAAUCGAGCUCUGGACGCCAUUCAUUUCCUAUUUGCCAGUCGCGCAUUAUCCCGCGUCACUCUCUCACCUCGAGUAAGAGAUAUAUCCACCUACAAAGCAAUCGUCGACUGUCUCUGCAACUUCCUCGAUGAGCACACCACCGAAUACAUAACCACCGACUCCCCCAUCCUACCCAAAACAAGGCCACCAGGCGAAAAGAAAUUGCUGGAAACACUCAAUAUCCUCCUCGUUCAAGAUAUACCCGCCGCCCUAGAAGCCGGUAUUGUCAGUCGGUGGCUCUCGAAAUACCCAUUUCCUUGCUACCGUAACUGUGACGACGCUAAUGGGACAAACGGGAAUGAUGGCAAUAAUAAUGUCCACAAAUAUCGUCAGAAAGAUAUAUAUUGGCUUAUGAAGAUGUACUGGCCGGACGAUACCUUGAUGAGCUCGAUUAUUACGACCCUUGUCAGCGCGCCAGAUGGAAUCCGACAAUUGCGCAAAUACGGGCUUAUGGGUAGCAUGAUCGAAGAAAGCCACGACCUAGAUGACAAUGGCGAUGAUGACGAUGAUGAUGAUGGCGCUCACGAUGAUGAAGACGCGGAUAGUGAUGUGUGGAUGAUAAAUGGCGAGAGUACAGCGGGGAGAAGUUGGGCGCCGGAGCGUUUGACAUUGCCCGACGAGAGUCUUGAGGAGCAAGUUCUUAGGAGACGGAGGCGAGAGGCUAUGGUUUUUAGUGAGGAUGGAGGGCCGAUUGGGAGGGAGAAUAUUAUACAGCCUCCUAUUGAAGACUAA